AAUCAUAAUGUUACGUCUGUGGAAUACUAACUCAACAAGAUGGUGCAGAAAUUGCUACUAGAAAUAUCAAAUCAGUUGACGGUGGAUGUGAUGGAUAGAGCCUUCAAGCUGAAGACCGGCAGUCAGGACUGGGUGAAACACAUGGAAGUGACCAGAGCGGCACCAGCAGGCACAGGGCUCUUAGGAGCUGUGUUCAGGAUUAAAUUGUAUGGUGAGAAUCACAUCGCAACGUUUAUCGCUAAGGCAAUGGUACAGGACCGCCUGCUAAGAAAAAGUUUACAACCGGAAAAAUAUUUUGAACGAGAAGUCCGUUUUUUCUCUGAAGUUUUACCAAUGUUAAAAGAAAUUCAAAAAUCUGCGGGCGCUAAAGAAAAUAUACAAAAUAUUGUUCCCAUUUGCUACGCAUAUCAUUGUGACGGAGUUAACGAUUUUCUUCUCCUGGAAGAUUUACGUGAACGAAAUUGCGUGGCCUUUUCUGAUAAUCCAACAAAAUGUGAACGCGAUGCGAUUUUGACGACACUAGCUCAUUUACACGCCGUGUCCAUGGCUCUGCGAGUAAAAAAACCAAUCGAUUUUGCUAAAUUGGCUAAUGUAUUACACGACGUUUAUUAUACUGACUCCAAUAGAGCUUGGUACUCAGUGUACUUUCAAAAUGCUAUUGACAUAUGCUUGAAGACUUUGGCUGAAUUUGAGGAUCCAACUACAAGUGUGUAUUACAAUAAAUUUUUGAAGCUUGUUUCUGAUGAUCCAUAUGAACUGUUGAUUAAGAUUGCCUCAAAUCAAAGUAUUCACCCGGCAAUAAACCAUGGUGAUGCGUGGAUCCCUAACUACCUAGGCACAGGGAACAAAGCUGUCGCCAUUGACUUCCAGCUGGCGAGGUGCACAUCUCCAGUCACAGAUAUAAUGAUGUUCCUUUCAAUGAACUGCAGAGAACUAAGAAACAAGAGCGACGCUUUUGACGAUAUGAAAGUAUAUCAUAAUGCCUUAGCUUACUUUUUGGAGGAUAUGGGCUUGAACGCUGAUGAGGUGUAUUCAUGGAAAGACCUGAAGCAAGACCUGAAGGUCUUUGGUAAAUUUGGCAUUUUGACUUCGUUGACAUCAAUUCCUCUCAUCUGUAGUACGAGAUGCGAUGUUCUUGGAGAAUUUGAAAAAAAAUAUAGUGGACUAGAUAAGAUACCGCUUGAAGAGUUAUGGGAAUUAACGCCCUUUCAGACGAUUGAAGAAAAGAAAUAUUUAGUUAAAUCUGUGAGAAACGCUGUAGAUAUGGAACUCAUUUAAAAAAGGCAUAUUCAAAUAUACAUUUAUAGUUACCUAUUUAUUACAUCACUAGAGAUAUUCAUUUUCUUUUCUACGAACAUCACGAGAAUACAAUAACAAUCAACGAUCCCUUUAUCUACAUUCUUAAAGCAAGAACUACGUUUAAGUAUACGUUAGACCAGCAAAUUGAUUUUUUAAUUCUUGUCAAAAUUCCUGUAUGUAUAGAUAAGGCUGUAAAUGAGUGAGGUGCGAGCGCAGUCCGGAAUGUUUGGACUCGUGACCGCUGGAGAGAGGAAAACUAAUUAUCGCCAAGACGCGGCCGAGUACCAAGGCUCCACCAGUGGCUGAAUAGACUCGCCUGCAGCGCACGUGAGCCAAAUUAUACUAAAAUGUAUAUACACAAUACACCUCAGAUUUUUAUAUUAUACUUACUUAAUAAUAA